AUGGAUUUUCGGUUCAAAGUUCCCGAGACCAUCCCCCAGGAUUUACUCCUUAUUCGAGACAUUGUCGGAGCUAUCCCUUCACUAAAAGCAGAUGUCCCGAAGGAUGUCCAAGAGUCCGCAGACUCGAGCGAUGAUUCCAUCGCAAGCUCGUCCAGCGAAAUUGACAGUGAGGAUGAGGUUGAAGCCGAUUUAAUGGUUCCAGAUGAGGAAUCUUCCAACCUUACACCUGUUAUGCCAGGAUCACCAGAGUCAGACUCAAGCUCAGACUCAUCCUCGGACUCAGAUUCUGAGUCAGAUGAGGAUGAACCUGCUGAAAAAGCAGGAGAUAAAAAUGCGCUGAACCCUCGAAAACCACAGAUUGAUGUGGACGAUGACGAGGAAUCAGGCGCUACAGCUGCUACAUCAUAUGUACAGACCAAAAAUGAGGUUGUCGAAACAGACAUUAUUGUCCCUUCCAUAUCAGAAGUCGGACCCGAAGAAGUGCUGGAAAAGGUUGGCGAGGUGAUGAACAUUGUUGGGAAUGUAGUAAUUGUGAAGGGCCUUCCUGCUGACUCCUCCAGAGCUGCGUCUGAAAAGGCGCUAGAUACCGAGACAUUACUUGUCUUCGACGAUCGAAAAGUUCUCGGACAUGUAUAUGAAACGUUCGGGCCCACUUCCCAGCCCUUGUAUCAGAUAAAAUUCAACCAGAGCUACCCGCUGGACACCGAGAAGAUUCGCGUCGCUCGCGAAGUUUACCAUAUACCGCAACAAAGUAAUUUCGUCUUCAUGGAAUAUCUUAAAAAGCUUCGGGGGAGUGACGCAAGUAACGUUCACGAUGAGGAGCCCGGUGAAGAUGAAAUGGAGUUCUCGGAUGACGAACAAGAAGCCGCGUUCAAGCAGGCGCGCAAGAAAAAACGUGGCGUAUCUGUGUCAUCGUCUCGACAGACAACACCUGUGCCGCCACAGCCCCACUACAACAACGAUGAUAUUGAUAAAAUUUUCUAUGGGGCGAAUCCAUAUGACGCCCACGGCCCGUAUGACGACGGGUACCGGGUCGCCGGGCCGUCGCGUCCAGCGCCCAUCCCAUACGACGAUCCGUAUGCCGAUGAGGUCAAAGUGGACGUUGUGAAGUAUGAAGAAGACAUGAACGGCCCUUCCACAGAGACUCGCCCAUCUGGUAGGGAAUCCGAGAGAAGCUUUGGAGACAGCAGAGGACGGGGUCGGGGGCGUGGAAGAGGCCAUGAUAGAGGUGGAGGAGCUCGCGAUCGUGGAAGGGGUCGUGGGCGCGGGCGGCCAGACCGAGGGCGACGUUCGUGGGGAGAGCCUCCAAGGUGGUCUCAACAAAGCCCUACCGCUCCCUCAGUGGAGCCGUACAAUUCAAGCACUUUAUCACCGACAUCUGACGCCUCCAUUCAACCGGUCGGAAUCCCUGGAUAUUCUCCUUCACAGUCUUUCUCGCCUUCACCGACGUGGGGUUAUCAGCCAGGUGGUUUUCAAGGUCACUCCUUUGGACAACAACAACAAUCCGUGCAACCACACAUCAAUCCUCGAUUUGCGACCGCAUUUGGAUUCAACGCGCACGCACACGGUCCUCCUGCAUGGUUUGGGAGCCAGGAGGCUCAGUUCAACUCGUAUCAGGUGCCACACCCUUCUCAACCCUGGACGAAUCAAUGGUUGGUGCAUGGACAAGAGUCUGAAAACGCAGAGAGCGAUACGUACACCCCUAUCUAG